CCCAACAAGGCAAAAGAAGAAACCUUCGUAUUCUUCCUGAACUCGGCAAGGUCGAGGAGAACACUGAACACGGAGCUCAAAAGGAAAAAAAGAAGGCUCCGGCUGAACGCGUCGCGCCUUCACCGCGGCGCCCACUCUCUGUCCGACAGCCCAUCUGACAGGCUAACCGCGUCGGCUUCUCUGUGUGUGUGGCCACUCACUUGCGCGGCUUCGCCACUGCCAGUCGGCGGUCUCGGGACAUCAGGCCUGUUAUCCUUACUGUCUUAGGCCUAUGAAAGCUCCUAGAAUUAUUGAGGUGUGGAAACUGGGCACUCUCAAUUACCUUGAGGCACUUAAGCUGCAAGAAAAGUUAGCAUCUGAUAGGAAAUCCCUUAAAAUAAGCGAUACCCUUUUGUCCUUGCAGCAUCCUCCCACGUAUACCCUUGGCAAAAGGAGAACUGAACAUAACCUAUUAAUUCCCCAGUCGAAACUCGAAACCAUAGGAGCAAAAUUUCACUAUACUCAAAGAGGAGGUGACAUUACUUUUCACGGCCCUCGCCAAGCCAUACUGUAUCCCAUUAUUUCUUUGAGAGAGGUUGGUCUUGGAGCUAGAAAGUAUGUGGAGAAGCUUGAGUUAACUAUGGUUGAGUUAGCGUUGAAAUACGGUGUGAAAGCAGAGGGUGGAAAGAGAGUAGGAGAAACUGGCGUUUGGGUCGGGGAUAGAAAGAUAGGGGCCAUUGGAGUACAGAUUUCGUCUGGGGUUACCUCACAUGGACUGGCGUUCAACGUUGAUCCCGAUUUAAACUACUUCAAGAAUAUUGUGCCUUGUGGGAUUGUGGAUAAAGAGGUCACGAGUUUGAAAAGAGAGGCAAAGGUAGAGCUUCCUGGUGAAGAUGUGAUUGAGGAAGAGCUCAUUUCUUGCUUUACUAGAUUGUUUGGUUACAACCAUAUUGUUUGGAGAGAUGUUUCAUCCUUACCCCCAUUUGAUGCUUAAGAGUUCUGUCUCACAACACACAAAAUGUAUGUUGCACUUUUGCAGUAAAGUAACUAACUAACUACAUGAAGAGCUACUCAGCUCCUAAAAUUCUGACUAUCACAUAGCUCCUACAACUCUGGCUAUCACUGAUAAGUAGAACUAGCAAUUAUUUAGUUAAUGCCUUGGACUGAAAGUGAAACCAUACCUUCCCCAGAUCUGUGGUACGAUAAAGUGGCGUCUUAACAAGGUGCUAAGGCUAGACAACAAGCUAGGUGUUGUCUUGUAUUAGUACAUGGGAGAAGAAUAUCCUGAGGUUCUCGGAUCCAUUCUGGGUGCCUUCAAGGCGAUUGUGAACGUUAUUGGUAUGACUAAGAUGACGCCUGCAAUCAAAGGAAAUGUAUCAAUCUGAUUGGACAUAUUGCGGACUGUGGGACCGAGUUUGUACCCGCAAGAGUCUGGAUAAGGAUCUCUUUUGAGAUGCUCAAAGCGCAUAAGGAGGGCAUCAGGCGGGCAAUGAACACGUUCAAUUAUAAUGCGAAAGCAAUUGAACCCCGCCAAGUUCCUGCUACCUUGCUGAACAACCUCAUCGUGCGGGAACAUCAAACCUGUGUGGCAAUUGUGGCUGAAAUCCGUUCCCCCUUCUCAUGUUUGUUUAGGCGGAACUUACCAGAUUAUGGCUAAGCAAUAUCAAUCGAUUUUUUUAGAGGAAUGGCUACAAACCACCAUUUCUGGGAGCAGGAACAGUGUGAGCUUAAAACAGCCUUCUUCGACAUCCGCCCAAGACAUAAUUCAAGCUUGGUCAGAUUUGCGUGACUCAGUUCAACAACAAUCCUUCCAUUCUCGUAACCUCCAAUCUUUACAUUCCCUUUUAACCUCCCAAAGUUCACUGUAUAUUGCUGACCCACAAGCAAAGCUUCUACUGUCUCUUUUGUCUUCGCCCAAAAUCUCACUCCCACAAGAAUCAUAUCCUCCAUUGCUCAGGCUGCUGUAUAUUUGGACUAGGAAAUCAUCCAGGCCGUCUUCUCAUGUUGUAGAUUAUGCUGUGGAGGUUAUCUUACACCUUUUCUCUGUACGGGUUCGUUCUGAUAACAUCUCCGCUUUCUACACUGAAGGUGUUCUUAUACUAGGUGCCCUUUCUCUUGUGAGUUCAGCAUCUGAGAAAUCUAGGAAGGCCUGCCAUGAAAUGCUAUGUGCUCUACUUGAACAAGAACAAAAGUUUAUCCACAUGUCUGAAGGAUUGAUUCCCAAUGUUCUUGCUGGAAUCGGCUAUGCUUUAUCUUCUUCACCGAAUUUUUAUUUUCUUAGAAUCCUAGGUAUUCUAUUUGGAGUUUGGUGUAGAACUGACGGUGCUUUGGCUAGCAUUGAUAAUGGACUUCUAGUACUACAUUUAACUGAGUGGGUCAUAUCAAAUUUGAUCAAUUCACAUUCUUCAGAUAGUAUUAACCUUUUCAGGAGAGAGAUUUUGGAAAACCCACCUCCGACAUAUGCAUCAUUUGCUGUUCUAAUGGUAGCAGCUGGAGUUGUAAGGGUUAUUAAUAGAACCAAUGCACAUUUGGUAUUAGACCUGAGAGUUCCUGCAGAGGAGCGGCUUGAGGCAAUUGCAGGAAACUUGAUGAUAUCAAUGACUCGAGAUGAUGCUAACUGCUCUUCAAGUGUAGAACCUAGAAACGCCUUUCUUCUGCAAUGCUUGUCAUUAGCUUUAUCCAGAUGUGGUGUUGUUUCUCAUAAAGCUUCACUACUUUUCUGCCUUGAGAAAGCGCUACUGACUGAAGUUUUCCCAUUACAAUGCUUAUACUCUAGGGUCUUAGAGUCACAUGCUGGGAAUUUGAUGGAGAUUGAGCUAAAUGUUCAACAGCAUCUGGAUAGUACCAUAUUUAAAGAAGCAGGAACCAUUGCUGCUGUGUUUUGCAAUCACUAUUUGUCAUCUGAUAAACUAAACCAAAGUACUGUAGAAAGUCACAUGUGGGAUUACUGUCAGUAUGUCUACUCAUGCCAUCGGCAGGUGGCUCUAAUGCUACCAAGUGUUAAGGAAGGGUUGCGUGUGAGUCUAGAUAAAAUUGCUGAGUCAGCUUUCUUCAUGGUUGUGGUAUUUGCAUUGACAGUAACAAAGCACAGGCUAGGAUCGGGCAUUGCUUAUGAAGAACAUUUGAAGCUUUCAGUACAGAUACUAGUUUCAUUUUCUUGUAUGGAAUUUUUUAGACGGAUGCGUUUGGUUGAAUACAUGGAUGCAAUUAGAGCAGUUAUUACUAGUGUUCAGGAGAAUGAAGCAGCUUGUGUUUCGUUUGUGAAAUCGAUGCCACCUUAUGCUGAUCUGACAAGCAAACCAGUGUCAUCCAUUUCUCAAGAAAGCAAAUAUGCAUGGUCCACUGAUGAAGUGCAAACUGCCCGAAUUUUGUUUUAUUUGCGGGUAAUUCAGACUAGCAUUGAAUGUAUGCCAGCAUCUGUGUUUAAGACGGUGGUGGCCCCAACAAUGUUCUUAUACAUGGGACAUCCAUCUCGAAAAGUGGCUAGAGCAGCACACUCAGUAUUUGUGGCUUUCAUAUCAUCUGGAAAGGAUCAUAACCCAGAUGAAGGAGUUUCACUGAAGGAGCAACUUGUCUUUUAUUACAUGACAAGAUCUUUGGAGGCAUAUCCAGGAAUUACACCCUUUGAGGGAGUGGCUUCUGGGGUUACUGCAAUUGUUAGACAUCUUCCUGCUGGAAGCUCCUCAAUAUUGUAUUCCAUUCACAGUGUUGUUGAAAAAGCAAAUAGCAUCUGCUGUGCUUUAAAGAAUUGGGAUGGAGAGUUAUUAGAGCCUUUGAAGAAAAUGUUUGAGCUACUUUUGCGACUCCUUUAUCUUGUAGAUAUACAGGUUCUGCCUACUUUGAUGAAGUUACUGGCCCAUCUGAUUAUUCAGCUUCCUACUGAUGGCCAGAAUCUGGUACUUAAUGAUUUAUAUCAGCAGGUUGCAGACUUGGAUGAUGUUACAAGGAAACCAGCAAUGGUUUCUUGGGUGCAGUCACUAUCUUACCUCUGUUCUCAAGAUUCUAGCAGGAGAGGAUCAAAUGAAGCAGCAGAACUGCACACUGCUUCUAUUGGAAAUGUAGACUCAUUAAGCCUGAACAAAAUAAAUGCACGAUUGUGAUGGAUUUAUGAUGUGGUAUACUUUGAUUAUUUAUUCAUUAUGCUUGUAUGUAUAGCCAUAAAAAGGAAUUAAUGUUCGAAGACGGAGGUGUUUAUUUAUAAAACAAAAGUUUUAUUUCUAGUUGAAUUAUCAGGAUUUUGCACUAGCUGAAGAAACCCAUUGAGAGACUGUCGCUGCCUUCCCUGGAAAUUAUGCUGUCAAAGAUGUCGGCCUUGAAGCUGGUUUAUCAGGAAACCAAAGGAGAUGAAGUGAUGAAGUAUUCGAAGUCCGCGAUGCGUUGGUCAUAAGACUGUGAUAGUGUGAUAAUGUAUUAUAAACUUUUAGUGUCAAUAAACUUACAAAAGAUGACAAUUUGUAUUGUAUUCAUUUUGAUGAUAUAUAACUUGAUUCUUUUUGGAAUAAUUAUGAUUUUGAUUAGUGUUGUUGAGAAAAAAAAUGGAUGUGAACCAUAAAAUCUUUGUGGUUUGACUAUUUACAUAGAACUAGUUUUUUUUUGAAUGGACA